UCCUCGCGUGAGGUCUAUGCCGCUUCUUCGCUCCGGUGUUUUGAUGCAGUAACUAUGGCGGCCGCAGGUGCCUGUUAGCCCGGCGCCGGUAGUGUAUGUCAGCGUGAGAUGGAGUGAGCGGUAUGAACUGAGGAAUGCCACCGCGUUUCACCGUUAACAGGUCCCAGUGCUGCUCUUCGUAGCCCUGCCGGGAUGCUCGCUGGCCUGGUCCACAGACCCUGGCAAGUCUUGUGCAGGGUCUACCUGCAGCAGAGGGCCCCGCUCUCCCACAGAGGCCCCAGAGCGGGGUGGCCGUGCCAAGGCUGGCAAGGUGCUGGAGUGGGGCGUGCUGUGUGGUUCGGCUUCCCUGACUGCCGAGCCGUAGCGCUGCUGUCAGACCCCGUCCGGUUCUGUUCCACCUCCAGCGGUGGGAAAGAUGGCUCCACCCCAACUGGGCCAGCUGAACCCGGCCCAGGGAAGGCUGAGUCCGAGCAGCCUUCACCUAAACCAUCUGCUGAGGGCAGUUCUGGUCCCACAAAUAAAAUGCAGAGUAAAGUGGAAAAUAUCCAAGUGAAAGUGAGAGCGGUUCUGAAGAAGCGUGAAUAUGGAACCAAGUACACCCAGAACAACUUCAUCACGGCCGUGAGGGCCAUGAAUGAGUUCUGUCUGAAGCCCAGUGACUUGAGCCAACUGAGGAAGAUUCGCCGGCGGAGUCCUCAUGAUGAUACUGAGGCCUUCACCGUAUUCCUGCGCUCGGAUGUGGAGGCUAAGGCUCUGGAAGUGUGGGGCAGCCCAGAGGCUCUGGCCCGUGAGAGGAAACUCAGAAAGCAGGUGGAGGAGGAGUACAAAGAAAAUCUGUUUAGGAAUCAACAGUUGCUAAAGGAAUACAAAGAUUUCUGGGGAAAUACCAAACCUCGAUCAGGCAAGAGAACAACUUUCCUGCAGGGACCAGGGAAGGUGGUGUCCGUGGCCAUAUGCAUCAAUGGGCUAAAUUUCAUCUUCAAGAUCCUGGCAUGGGUUUACACUGGCUCGGCCAGCAUGUUCUCUGAGGCCAUCCACUCCCUGGCGGACACCUGCAACCAGGGUUUGCUUGCACUGGGGAUCAGCCAGUCAGUGCGGAACCCUGAUGCUGUACACCCGUAUGGCUUCUCCAACAUGCGCUACAUCGCCUCCCUUAUCAGCGGGGUGGGCAUCUUCAUGAUGGGAGCAGGACUUUCCUGGUACCACGGCAUCAUGGGACUGCUGAAUCCACAGCCAAUAGAAUCACUACUUUGGGCUUACUGCAUUUUAGCUGGCUCUCUGGUUUCUGAAGGAGCAACACUGCUAGUAGCGAUAAGUGAGAUCAAGAAAAGUGCGCAGCUCCAGGGCCUGUCCUUCUACGAAUAUGUGAUGCAGAGUCGGGACCCCAGCACUAACGUUGUUCUUCUGGAGGAUGCUGCUGCUGUGCUGGGUGUCAUUUUGGCAGCCAGCUGCAUGGGACUCACCUCCAUCACGGGUAACCCACUCUAUGACAGCCUGGGCUCCCUGGGGGUGGGUGCCCUGCUGGGCACCGUCUCAGCCUUCCUCAUCUACACCAACACCGAGGCACUGCUGGGCCGCUCCAUCCAGGCUGAGCAUGUGCAGAAGCUCACCGAGUUCCUGGAAAAUGACCCAGCUGUCAGGGCCAUCCAUGAUGUUAAAGCCACAGACAUGGGCUUGAGCAAGGUCCGCUUCAAGGCUGAGGUUGACUUUGAUGGCAGAGUGGUAACACGGUCCUACCUGGAGAAGCAGGACAUUGACCAAAUUCUUCAUGAAAUCCAGCAAGUGAAGACCCCAGAGGACCUGGAGAACUUCAUGUUGAAGCACGGGGAAAAUAUCAUCGACACCCUAGGGGCAGAAGUGGACCGCCUGGAGAAGGAGCUGAAGCACCGUAACCCUGAAGUGAGACACGUGGACCUGGAAAUUCUCUGAUGGACAGGGAUAAUUGGGACAAAUCCAUAGGUGGCAGGAGGAGGGGAUUAAACAUGUGGUCCUCUAUCUGACCCCUUUACCCCCAGGCAGAUAAUAAUACCACAACUCACCUUCUACUCCCCACCUUCAUGAAACUUGAUUUUGCAACCGAACCACAGUGGUGUAGCACAACAGGAAGGAAACAAAUUUUACUUUGCUUCAUCAAAUACCCUGUGACCUUAGAGUGUGAACAGUUCACACUGACCCACUGCUCAGACUGUAUCCCAAACAACUGCGACUUUGCAGUCGCGAACACCCGUAACUGCGCCAUUUGCAGUAGAAGUAGAAAACCAUGUCCCUUGGGUAAAGCAACUCCUACAGACCAUUUUGCACUAUUGCUUUAGUACAGAAGAACUGUCUAGUGUCAGAAUCCAACGUGCUCUCCAGUUGCACCUUUCCCAUACAUUAUCUUCAUAAUUUUCGCUAAUGCUGAUAGUAAAUAGUUGAGUUAAAGUAAAGUGACAACAGCGGAUGACAAGCCAUUUUAAAAUAUAAAAGAAAUGUUACCGAUUUAGCACUAACUUCAAGAACCUUUGUAGAAAGUAUGAAAAAUUAUGCCAUAUUAAAAUGUUUAACAUUGAGUGGAUUUUUUUUUUUCUCAGUUCUGUAAUUUUUUCUUGAUGGUAUAUGCAGUUUUAUGUAUAAGCCUGAAUAUUAUCUGGAGCAAACAUUUUUAGACGAAAGAUAUUCAGUUUGCCCAUUAUUAGUUAAUAUUUGCUUAGAAACACAGGUGUUUAAUUCCCUUGCUUUAAUUGAUCUAGUUCAUAGUUAAAUUAUUUUUACUUAUCUCACCAAUGCUUUUCCUUCAGUGUACAGAUUUGAAACAUAUUUCGAGUUCAUGAUGAAAUGGCUAUUAAUUCCUUAAGUUAUGCUUGUGUUCUAUCAAAAUACAGAUACUUUAUUAAAAGGAGUGUGUUAGAGCCAAAAAGUAUGCACUGGCAGGGCUUGAGAUUCACCUCCCAGGGUGGACAAAAGAAUAGUUUCUAGUUUUCAAGCAUGUUGUUGUCACACCCAUUGUCCAGUCGGUUUUCUCAAAGCGAGUGCAUUUUAACUGCGAUUUUUCUUUUUUUAUUUAAAUUUACAGAGAUGAUAUGCCGGCCUAAUGUAAAUAAGAGCAUGUGCCCCUGUAGCUGUUGUACGGUGCAGACUGUGUAGUGAGCAGUUUCCAUACAGUAUUUUAAUUUGAUCCCCUCUAGUAAAACAGACGUAUGGAUUAGAGGCUGUGCUGAAUACAGAGAAUGCUGUAGAGCUGCUUUGAUUAGUUUUGAGUAAGGAAGACCAUGUUGGAACCCAUAAUCCACCUGUGGCUGGUGAGCAGUGAACUGACUGGCUGCUGUACUAGAAUGCAAACCAAUCACGAUCCCUAGCGGAGAUGCCGGUCUGUUCUAAGAUCCGUUUCUGCUUUACAUGGCGCUGAACUCUGCAUCAUUCAGGAGCUGGAAGGUCAGUGAGGUGUUCAGCUAUGCAGCAUCACUCUGCUGGGCGUUUCCCAGAAAGUCAUCGCUUCAGCAGUCUAAUGUAACAAUGGUGUGGGGGAGAAUUUAAACUGGGGAGGUAUGUAUUUUUUCAGAGAAAUGUGAAUAAUGUAUGAUAACCCUGUUCUUAGAUGAAUGGAACUUUACCUGAAGAUGUACAAAUAGCUGGUGGUAAAAUAAAUGGUAAU